UCCGGAUGUCGGAGCAGCUCAGUCUCAUCUCACUCUCUCCGCUUCAUGAUGGGCCGUUUCCUCCUUCAGCUCAGGCCCACAAAGCAGAUGGUUCUUGGGACUGAGGAGGCGCCGCUGUCCCUCUGAUGGUCGCGUCUUAAAGCAGAUCCGAGCUGUUUGUUUUUUCUGCGUCCAGGCCGGUGAUGAGAGAUUAUUUCCAAAGAUGAAGCCGAGGUUGCACACCUCCGUUACUUGGAAACCCUCAGAAAUAUGUGCGGAAAGUUUUUCUCCUCGGAUGGAAGAAGUUUUGAGACAAAGCGGCCACGGAGCUGUUUUCUUCCCCAGUUCGUGAAAAUGUAAGAAGCCCGGUUCUGAGUGUCACAAUGUCUUGGGGGGAGUUCAUCGAGCUCCGUGACCUGAAGUCCAGCAGAGAGCAGAUAGAGCUGACUGGCUCACGUUCUCCAUGCUCACCUCCACGCCUGGAGAGAACCAACGCCCUGAGGAUCAGCCCGGGCAAAGUCCCGGACCUGCUGAGCCGGGUGGGCAUCAUCAGAGUCCUGAGCAGCAGCCAGGACCCCCAGCUCCCAGAGGAGAAGGGAGAAGGACAUAACUUCCAACCCUGCAGCCACGCUCAGCCCACGUGGUGCGACCUGUGUGGAGACUUCAUCUGGGGCCUUUACAAGCAGAGCCUGCGGUGUGUCAACUGUAGAUUCACAUGCCACUACCGCUGUCGUGCUCUGAUUCAGUUGGACUGCAGCUGGGAACGAAGCUCUGCGGCCGACCACGCUUGUGUUGUCGAGCACACCAUAGAAACGGACACAAAUGUGGAUGAACAAACUGACUCGGGCAAACAGGAGUGGACAGCUGCAGAUGUUCAGCAGAAGGUGAAGGAAUACAAUGCUCAGAUCAACAGCAAUCUGUUCAUGAACAUAAACAAGGACGGGUCCUACACUGGCUUCAUUAAGGUGCAGUUUAAGUUGGCACGACCUGUGUCAGUUCCAGCUCCAAAGAAAGGAAGUCAGGAUGCUGGAGGGAGGAGGUCCAGUGGAGUGAAGCGCCGCACCUCCUUCUACCUGCCAAAAGAUGCAUCCAAGCAUUUGCACAUAAGUUCACGUACUUCUGCUCGUGAAGUCAUCGAGGCUUUACUGAAAAAGUUUACUGUUGUGGACAACCCUGGAAAGUUUGCUCUGUUUGAGCGGAGCGAGCGUCAUGACCAAGUUUAUGUUCGCAAACUGUCUGAUGAUGAGCGUCCCCUCCGUCUGCGCCUGUGUGCCGGGCCCAAUGAGAAAAUCCUCAGUUUUGUGCUCAAAGAGAAUGAAACUGGCGACGUCAAUUGGCAUGCCUUCUCCAUGCCCGAGCUGAAGAACUUCCUGCGCAUCCUGCAGCGUGAAGAAGAGGAGCACGUCAAGCAGAUCGUGCAACGCUACGCUCUGGCUCGCACUAAGAUGCAGGAGGCUCUGGCAGGCUCGACCCCAGGCUGAGAGGACUCUGCGCUCAGGGUUCGACGUGCACCUCUUGGCUGGACAAUCACCCAAAGAUGACCAGUCAUCGUUGCAUCCAAAGAUCCUAGAGAAUACAACUCAAAACGCCUCUUCGGUGACCGAGAGUGUGAGACAGGGCGCAAGACAAUGAGAGAGAGCUAGCGCGAAUGUGCGUGUGAAAUGAUGCGAGAGAAAUGAGAAGUGCCUUACACCUGGAGAGUCUGAUGUGCCUGAGAGAAUGAGUUGAGAGAAGCAGAGACUGGCAGAUGAGACACUGGUUGUAUCCAGUAAUGUCUUUAGCUACCGGGCGCCAUCUGAUUAUCCUGUACCUCAGCUAUGUCACUUUAAAAAAUGAAUAUCAAUAAUGAGUUUGCCUUUUUAUGGUAUGGAAACACUCAGUUAUACAUUAGUAGCCACUGCUAAAAUAUGUACUUUUGGUAGAAUAACAUCUUGAAGACAUAAAAUUAGUAUUGUGAAUCACUUUACUGCCCUUUACAUUCAAUCUGACCUUUGACAACCUCCCAUAGAAAUCAUGUCUCUUGGUUUCAUUAACAAUUUUUAGACUGUUUCCCUGUUAGAAAGUUAACACAUAUAGCAUUUGUUGCUGAAAGGUACUUGGAUUUUCAUUUGACCUGGGCUCAGAAGUCUGCCAUGUCCUCUCUUUACACCCCUGAUGGGUGCAACUCUUUAUGUCACUGUCAGUUUGUGAGUAUGACUGAUGUAUGGACAUUUGUAUGCAACUCUGAAUGUCAGAGAGCAGUGUCAAAGUCACUCUGGUUUGAGUGGAAUCAUGAAUGAAUAUUGCUAUACGUGUGUUUCACUGUCAUUCCUUAUAUUUGUUUUUUCAAUCCUUGAACAAAAUGUCUGUCUUCUAUUUUUCAGUUCACUUUCAGUGUACCAGUCUAUGCACACAUUUACAUGUUGUAGCAGUCUUAAGAAUGUCGUGACAACUGUGCACUGCGUUUAGUAAAGAAUUUCACAAAUCUA